UAUACGUAUAUAUAAUUUUUUUUUUUUUGGAAAAAUAAAUCUACCCUAUUCAUACAUCAGUAAGAUAUAUUAAUAGGGUAAAAUGGAAAGGAUUACCAGUGCUCAGCCUCCUCCGUGUAUGGCCAAACACGCCUCGCUGGAUAUCUCUGACAUGCAAGGAAUGGACUUUCCCAUGUAUGUGUACAAGCCCCGGCGGGGAAUGAAGCGCAGUGAGGACAGCAAGGAUACAUACAAAUUGCCUCACCGAUUGAUCGAGAAGAAAAGGAGAGACAGAAUAAACGAGUGCAUCGCGCAGUUGAAGGAUUUGCUGCCCGAACACCUUAAACUCACUACUCUGGGACACUUGGAGAAGGCCGUUGUGUUGGAGCUCACGCUCAAGCAUGUGAAAGCUCUUAACAACCUGCUGGAGCAGCAGCAGCAGAAGAUCAUUUCCUUGCAGAAUGGAAUGCAAAUCGGUGAACAGGGCAAUGGGCACUCAGAAAACAGCGAGGAGAUGUUCCGUUCCGGGUUCCACUUGUGUGCCAAGGAGGUUCUUCAAUUCUUGGCCAAUCAGGAGACCGUGCAUGACCUGACACCUGCCCACAUAAUCAACCACCUUCAAAAAGUGGCGUCUGAGUUCAUUCAAAGCCCACCAAGUCCUCGUCUAGAGGAGCCCACUCCCAAAGCUCCAGAAAGCAGGGAGAAACCUGCAAGCCCACAGCCUAAAGCGGCAGAGGGUCACGCCAAAAACUGCGUGCCCGUCAUUCAAAGGACUUAUCCCCACAGCAGUGAGCAAAGCGGGAGCGAUACGGAUACCGACAGCGGCUACGGGGGCGAGCUCGAGAAGCGCGAACUGAAAGCCCAACGGUCGGUCUACUACGGCAAAGAUGCGGGAGAUCUCAAGCACAGCAGCAACAUUAAAGAGGAGCUGGACGAGCCACAGGCCAAGCGGCAGAGGUCCGACUCUUCGGAAGAUGAAUCUCUGUCAGGGCCCGAAAUAGUGGGCGGCCACAGCCCCUAUAUGAGCUUUUCUCCACACCAGCCCCUUUGCAUGCCCUUCUACCUCUUUCCACAUGGAGCAGCCGCCGCAUACUUGCCCAUGUUGGAGAAGUGUUGGUACCCCGGAGGCAUGCCCGUAUUGUACCAAGGCCUCAGUGGCUCCCCGGCAGGCAUGUCCCCCGAGAAACUCCCCUCAUCCCUGGUCAUGUCGUCAAGAGUGGGUUCCCCCGUCACCACCCCGACCUCCAUGGACUCUCCUGCGCUCCUGCAGGCCCUGAAACAAGUUCCCCCAUUAAACCUGGAAACCAAAGACUGAGGACCCACUUUGGGUUCUGCGAUAGCCCGCUCUCCGAAUGUCUUGGUCUUGAGAGUGGACUUCCUGCUGAAUAAGCUCCCGAAGAGGGUUCGGUUGAAAGGGGGGCGCGAAGGCAAAGUUCAAAGACACGCCCCUCAAGCUUGGCAAACAGCUGUUCUGAUUCCUCUCAGACGUACGUACGACGGCCUCCCUCCAAAUGCGGAGACACACUCAUAGACUCUCACAACACUCUUAUCAACUCCCUCCACAACCAGCAGGCAAACACCCAGAGAUGGAACGGUCCGCUUGGACACAGACGGGUAAAGGAGGCCUCGUGCACAGCACUGUGAGACACUGUGAAGAAGGUCAAAACGAGGACAGUGAGCUCUGUCCUUGGAGAAAAAAGGACCUGGGGUGGGCGAAGAGGCUGCUCUCUGCACUUAACGCCGAAUGUUUGUCGAAAACAAUAACCCAGAAUGUGACGUGCAGACGGUCCCCCAACGACAAAGACCUUGCCCUUUGCACAAGCACCUUUUCAUUUGUUGAAUGUAAAUGAAAAAGUCAUUUUUUCUAAUAAAACAUCACCCCUGUA